CGCGCAUGCGCGUUGCGGUUCAACGCAAAACACUGCAGUUUAUUGUGAUUUCAUCCCGGAAAGACUUGAAUGUCGCUAUGUCCAUGCUUCAUCUCUGUUCCUGACGAAACCUGCACAUUUAACGCCGAAACCCAUUUUAAGGUGUUUGUGGGACUGUGACUGAGCAUGAUGGGCGCUCUCGGGAACGGUCGACGUGGCGGUCGCUCUCCGUCUCUGCUUGUGGCGGCUCUCAUCGCCUGCGUCCUCCUGCUCGGCUUCAACUACUGGGUCUCCAACUCCAGAAACGUGGAGCUGCAGAGCAGGGUAUUGGAGAUGGAGAGCCGCAUGAGGCAGCUGGCUGCCGACCGAGACCGAGAGCAGCAGAGCAAGCUGAAGGCUGAGGAGGAGAUGCGCAGACGGAACGAGCAGCUGGAGUUAAUGGAGGAAACCCACCAGAGACAGCAGGAAAACACUCUCAGCACCUGGAAACAAGAACGGGAGCAUUUGAAGCUCAACAUUUCCUCUAGUGCUAAAACAGUGCAAGACAUGAAGAAUCGCAUGAAGUCGUUGAUGGAGGAUGUGAAUAAAAUGCAGAGCGAGCUGAAAUCCUGUCAAACUAGCAUGGACACGAUCAGUAAGAAAGCCACCGGUGAAAUGACUCAGUGUAACAAACAAAUUGACGCCAUGAAAGAGGACUGCGACGCGAAACUCUUAGCUGCCAAACUGGAGACAAAAACAUCCGUAAAAGUUGCACCGCAGAAUGCCGAUGGUUCCAUCCUGAAAUCCUCUCUUUUAAAAGCCAAACCUGAUGUUCCUGUUACAAACCGUUCAGAUAAGAAUGCGGCAGAACCUCCUUUAGGCAAACCAGAUGUGGAUUCACAGGCUAAAAAGGAUGCACUAACCGACGAGUUAGUUAUGGAAAAGGACGAGGAAGAUGCUGUAGUUUUAAAAGAGCCGCCCAUACCCACCUCCAAACCGACCAAUAAGAACGAGACCCUUAACAAACCAGCCAAGGAGGAAAUUCCAGAGGCAGGGGUGGACGUUAAAGCACCGGCUUCAAAAGACGCAGAUACUGUAAUGGAUGAAGCUGGGAUUUUAGACCCAAAGGAAGAUGACAUGGGGAUUGGAGAUGAGAAAGAGGAAGAGGCCAAAAUCGAGGACAGGAAAGAGGAAGACGCAGCGAUUGGGAAAGAUGAAGCCAUUAUGUACGACAACGAGGGCGAGAUAGAAAAACAGCUCUCCAGGAUUAAAGAUGAAAAUCAAGGUGCUGGUCAAGAUCUAGAGGACGAUGUGGCAAACUAUAACGGUGACGAUGACAACCAGCCGGAGUCCGAGGAUGAGAAGCAGGCUGAGCUUGCAGAGAUGUAGUCCCCGAUCACAUGAUGUGCCUGCUGACAGGAACAGUCCCUCCAGCUGAAGACCGUCAGAGACUCUCAUCGGUGGCCGCUCUGAACCUCGCAGCGGCGGGAAAAGACGCCCGCUCUAAAGACUGGGUGAAUACUGCACUACUGUGUAAUGAAGGAUAUGAGUUCAAAUCUCAUACGUCUUACCAGGACAGGCAUGGUGAAAACGUUCUUUUCUAGUACUGAUUUUAGGUUGAACUUGAAUGUAACUACUACUCUUCUGACGUCGAGCCUUUUAACGAAUGCGCCGCGGUGAAUUUUCUCUCUUAAAAUGAAAAAUGCUUUGUUUUCGAACAAAAGCAACAGCUGUUCUGUUACAAAAGCUAUUUUGUCUUGUCGUAAAGGUUUAUGUUCUGUCUAAACAUUUUAGCUGCUGAAAAGUGCAUAGGAAUAUUAGAUGUUUAGACAGAAAGACACUUCACUCGUUUAACAGUGCAAUCCAGUUUUUAUUUGCUGUAAAAAGUUACUUUUAUGUUUAAAUCUUUGCAUUAUGAUUUCUUUUUAACAGGUAAUGUUGGGAACUGUAAUUUUUUUUAAAGAAAACAUGGGUUUCUUACUGAAUUUCUGAUCUUAAUAAAUAUUUCAGUUGCA